GCUCUCUUUAAAUAUCACAUGAAGAUGCUAUAAAUACAUAAAAGUGAUCAGUUCACAGAGGACAUAAAUGCCUGCGUUCUACAUGAGACCACUUCACAGCUUUGGUUCCUGUCAGGCAACACUUUCCUCAAUAAAUAAGAAGAACAUUUCAUGUCCAGUAUAAUCUGUGCUUAUGAUGGCAGUUUGUCACGUUUAGUGUUUCAGGCUCCUCCCCGUGAACUUUGGAAAGCCUUUUUUUAAUCUAACUUGCAGCAGUCAGAAGUUCUCUUCUUCUCAUCUCAGCUACAGAUCAUAGAAACAUGUUUGGUGCGUGGAUCUUAUUGUUUCCUCUCCUGUUAGGGGCCAGGGCGUUCAUGAUCCACAACACCCAGAGCAGCCUGUGUCUGGAGGAAUCAGCAUCUACAGCUGAAGUCCUGCUGAAGAACUGCAACCUGGAUUCAGAGUCCCAGCAGUGGAUCUGGAUUGAUCGGGGCAUGCUGAUGUGUGUUAUGUCGUCCAGAUGUUUGUCAGCCCUGCAGAGAGAGCCUGUCCAGACUCGGCCCUGCCGGGGGUCGGAGACAGAUGCGACAGCGACAUUGUGGGCCUGUGACAGGGGCCGACUGAUCAGCAGGAACACGUCGAUGCUGCUGUCAGUAGAUGGCCGCCGUCUGGUUCUCACCCAUGACAGCAAACUCUCAAAGUGGAAAUCUCUGGAUGAGGGGGACAUCUGCCAGGAAAAGCUCAGAUCCAGGAGGGCAUCUGAUGAUCCAGAAGAGGCUGCAGAGAAGCAGACAGGCGAUGCGGCGGCCAUGACGGAAGAACAGAGAGAAUACCUCCGCUGGUACUAUCGCUCUGAGGACCCCACCACAUGGACGUUUGUGCUGCUGGGACUGGCCUUCGUCUGCCUUCUGGUUGGUUUUCUGCUGCUGGGAAUGGGAGCCAUGGCCAACAAGAACAGAAAGAAGAUAGCAAAGUACAAGGCAGCUGCUGCUCUUGCUCAGAAAGGUGAGGAGCUGCAGAUCAUUUCACCACUCAGAGAUGACAGCAGCUGCAAACCAUCACCGUCACUUGACAGGAUGACAGGAAACAAUGGGGAGGUGAGCGAGCUCAAAGCAGGAAACAAUGGGGAGGUGAGCGAGCUCAAAGCAGGAAACAUCGUGGUCACAUGGAAAGACGGCAACACGUCCUGCCUGUACGCAGAUCCUGCAGCAGAGGAGGAGAAACAGGAGCUGGAUCAGGAGGAGAACCGGGAGGAGCUGCCAGCUGCUGAGCUGGAGCCUGAUGAGGCAGUGAAGAUUCUAACAGCAGGUGUGAAUAAUGGAAGCCUGUAACUCAGCAUGCACCGCUAGAAGCAACAGUUAUUCCGAUUCACCACCCACUGCUCCACCUUGUGAUGUAUGUUCAACAUUGAUGGACUGCUAAUACCGUGAAGUUAUUCAAUUCAAUUCGAUUCAGUUUAUUUUGUAUAGCCCAAUAUCACAAAUUACAAAUUUGCCUCAGAGGGCUUUACAAUCUGUACACAUACAACAUCCCUGACCUUUGACCUCACAUCGAAUCAGGAAAAACUCCCCAAAAAUAACCUUUGACAGGGAAAAAAGGGAAGAAACCUUCAGGAGAGCAACAGAGGAGGAUCCCUCUCCCCGGAUGGACAAAGUUACAAAGCUUUAGGUCUGUAACAGCUGCUGACGCCCGACAGUCCAACAGAUUAUGCAAUCUAAUCAAUCACUGAAAACGUUAUGUCCACAUUCACUGGAAGGGUCCAAGGAUCCAAAACAUCCAUUAGUUUGAAUGUAGGCACAAUGUUAAAGGGAAAUACCCGUUGAGCUUUAUUAUUCCUUUGGCUAAAACUAAAAUACGACAUGAUGAACUGUGUAUUUACAUGCAAUGUUAUGUUUAAAAAAAAUAAAUAAAUAAGGAAUUUUAAAUGAUAAAAGUAAUUUGAUAUUCAUAAUAUACCAGCAUUUUGUACAUAAUUAGAUUCUAGCUGACGCGGUAGCUAACUAUGUGGGUGAAGGUGUGUGGGGGAGGUUUAAGGUCAUGGUGUGUGAAUUUGAUGUGAGACAUAUUUUAAUUGUUUACUUUAUACCUUACCUUUAUGGUGUUGUGUUGUUCUGGGCCACGUCAUACUACAACACUUUGGGCCCAAUCAACAUGUGUGGUUCAAAGUGGAUAUGUAACUGAAAUAAUAAACCAAUGGCUUUUACUGCAGGCUCUAGAUGGG